GUGAACCGGGGUGAUGGAAACGACGUGAUCGUCCAUUCCAUCUUUGCCAUUUUCUAGUCCAAUUUCCCUCCAAAGCAGUCUCGCUCUCUUCCCGAGUUUCUCACGUUUGAGGGUGGUGUCUCGCGCACCAUUUGAGAAGAGAAGCGUCUCCCCGAUUGAACAUAAACUCUGGGAGAGAUUGGGAAGCUGAUGGAUGCGAGGCUUCCGGUUCACCAAGCUAAAUGCCCGCGCUGGAACGACACCCGAGAUGUUGGCAGUCAUACGCAUAUAUGUGACCUACCUGAUGAAAUUCUUCUGCGCAUCCUGGGUCUUCUGCCGUUAAAAGAAGUUGUUCGAACAAGUGCGCUGUCGAAAAGGUGGGAGUAUCUGUGGACGUCAAUUUCUAGUCUUGUCUUCAGAGAAGAUGAAAGCAAUGGGAGGAUGGUUUUCAUGAACUUUGUGGAGAGAGCAUUGUUACUCUGCCAGUCGUCUCCUCUGAAAGUAUUUUCUCUUAAUUAUGUGAUUGAUGGUGACGAAUAUGUUGCUGGUGAUGAGUCUCGUAUAAAUUCGUGGAUUACUGCUGCAAUAAGGCGCAAUGUUCAGGAGCUUCGAUUGCACCUUGGAAUAGAACAUCCUUCUUUUAAUUACAGUUUACCGAGUUGUAUAUUUAGAUGCGAGACGCUGACAGAAUUCCAUCUACUAUUGAACGGUACCCUCAGACUUCCUUCUUCAGUACGUCUCAAGAAUCUGAAGGUCUUAGCUCUUGAGUAUCUACAUCUCGAUGAUGAUAGGUCGGUCGAGCAGCUGUUUUCAUGCUCUUCCCUUGAGACGUUGUCUCUGGACUAUUGCACUUGGCCAGAGGAUAUGACUAUGCAUAUUUCUGCUCCUAAACUUUUGAGUUUGUCCAUAGUUGAACGCGACUCUUUUCUAGAUAUUGGAAGUCACGCGCAUAUCAAGAUCCUUUGCCCCUGUUUGAAGUCCUUUGAAUAUUAUGGUGAAUUUUUGGAUGAUUAUGCCAUAUCUGGCUCACCCUCUCUGGAAGAGGCUAUCAUCCAUGUGUUUCAUCCAUCUGACGUAGAGAGAAAGCCAGAUCAAUGUGCACGCCAUGCAUAUAAGCUUGUGAAGGAGCUUUCUCGUGUUAAACUCCUGACUUUAUCUGAGGACAUCCUUGAGGACUUGGAUGAAAAUAAGAGGAUUCUUGAUCUUGGCUCCGUUCCCUUCUUUGGUUAUCUUACCAAACUGAAAUUGACAACUCGCAACGUGGACCUAGAAUCUGUAGCGUUUCAGGUUUUGCUCAGGAAAUGCUCCAUUCUAAGGAGUCUAAAGUUUGAUGUGGGUGUUUCCAUCGAGUCUGAAACGGCCGAAGGGAUAUUGGACCCGGCACCUCACUGUUUUCUGACCUCGCUCAAGGAGAUCACAAUUGGUUACUUCGAUGCGGCUGACUAUGAACUCCUGGCCGUCAUGAUUUUGCUCAGGGCUGCUUCGGUUUUGGAGGAACUAGUUAUACAUUGUACGGAGCAGUGUUUCGUGACUUUCCCAGGGGACUUGAUGGAAGCAUUGCUGGCACUCCCGAGGGCUUCAAGUCGAUGCGCAAUUACCUUUUUGGCGUGCAAAAUGCAGACUGCAUCAAAUGUGUAG